CUUCUAUGAGCUGCGACCACUUCAUGAUGUCGUUCAGUUGGAUGAUGCUCGCAACGGCAUUUCUGAUGACCAUUGCCAUGGUGAUAGGUCCAAUGGCAGGUCGCAAGUUCGACCACCAAACCAUCACCGAUGUCAAGAUACUCAAGCGCUCCGGAUACGGACUGGCCCCAGUCACCGCUGGGCCAAACCACCGCCCCGAAUUGAAUAAUGUUUGGUCGGGACAUAAGGCGGUCCUCGCCUCGGAGUAGCCCGGCGGCCUCGCUGCAUUUUGCAUUUUGCACCCUGUACCUUGCCCAGCAAGACACACCGUUCCCACGCAU